AUGUCAGACAACUCUCCCAGAACCUACGAUUUUACUCUCUUCGACUUUGUGGUCUCGCCAAAACUCUCUCUUGAUGUUGACUGGAACGUCUGGAAUGACUCGUUCAGAAUUGGACUCGCGCUAGUUGAUGAACGCCUGCCAUGCAUCCUGAAUGGGACCCUCAAGAGGCCCUCCCCAGAUAUGUCCAUUGAUGGUCUGGUGAUUGCCACUAGUCUCAUGUGCGGUAUUCAGAAGAAAUUCCUCACAAUCGCGCAUGUCAACCAUUUCAAGAAUAAUAUUGGCCCUCAGUGUCUCGAGUACGACCGCCUCUGUAUGGUGGGCCAUGUUCUGCUUCAGAAGAGUCUGUCAAGUACUGCUCUUGCCGUGGUUAGCACCUCGUGGGGAUUUCAAGAGGUCUAUGUCGUACUCAAGAAUCAUUACGCCAAAACGAAUUUGGGGCGCACGUGGAUACUUUACAGCUUGUGGACGACGGUCAAAUUCAACAACGGUGACACGCCUGCUGUCUUUUUGUCACGCUUUAAAUUGACCCUUCGAGCAUUAGAGAUUGCCACCGAGAAACAGCGACCAAUUCAGAUCUUUCACCAGUUCUUGACAGCCAUAAGUGGCUAUCCUAAUGCCGCUCGCUUUGUUGAGAUGCUCGAUAUCCAAAGCUGCGAUGAAACCACCAUGGAUUAUGUCUAUGCACAGUGUAUGGAUUACAAUUACUUUCAACGUUUUGAGAGUACUGAUACCGAAGGUGGAUAA